AACUAAAGCCGAGAGCUAAUGGAUAGAAGGGCAGAUAAAUACAAAGAUACUUAACUUACAUCACACUUUGGCGGGAAACUCGCGCGGGGUCUAGCGCCAGAAUGAGGAAGCUGCUAUUCCCGCUCCUGUUUCUGUCGGGGCUUCCUUUGUGUACGGGGGGAAGGUACAGACGGUUCGUCGAGUGGGGAGCAGACCUCGCCCCGGGGUCAUUUUGCUCCUCCCGGCAGCCCUCCCCGUGUUGUUCUGGGAGGGACGACGGCUGCACGGUGGAGAUUCUGGAGAGUCUCUGCUAUUGUGACGUGUUCUGUAACAGGACGUCGAAUGACUGUUGUCCAGAUUAUGGCACCACGUGUCAAGGCAUUGCACCCCCAGUCAUUAAAGCGGGAUGUGUAUUUGAUGGUAAGGAGUUCAAACCCAGUGAAGUCAUCAGGAAAAACUGCAAUGUUUGCACAUGUUCACAGGUACAGUUAUUUCGCUACGACUGGGUGUGUUCAAACAAUUCCUGUCUGAUCGACUUUGAACGCUUAAACAAAUCGGCACAAAACCUAGGAUGGGAAACGGCAAACUACACUCGUUUCUGGAAUAAAACGUUCACUGAUGGAAUCAAAGAAAACGUUGGCAUAGCAACCGAAAGCAAAGCUCAGAACAUGUCUUCGCUUCAGAAUAAAAUACAGAGUGAUCUCCCGUCCUUUUUCGACUGUAGAGAAAAGUGGAAAUCAUGGAUACACCCGGUCCGUGACCAAAGAAACUGUGCAUCUUCCUGGGCUUUCUCCACAGUAGACGUUGCGGCUGACAGAUUGGCAAUUGAAUCCAAAGGGCUACUGACCAAUCAGCUCUCACCGCAGCAUCUUCUGUCAUGUGACAAAAGGCGGAAACAGAGAGGAUGCGAGGGCGGAUCUGCAGAAAAGGCUUGGUGGUUCAUCAAACGAAGAGGUAUCAUGACUGAGGAGUGCUAUCCUUAUAACGUCACUCAAUCGAACACUGCUGCCGACAGAUGCCUGGACAACAUGGACACGUGUCCUAACGCCAACUCUUCCACGUCCAAAAUUGUCCUGUACGUUACACCACCGUACAGAGUCGGGGAUAGUGAAGAAGAAAUUAAAACAGAGAUAUAUAAGAGGGGACCAGUACAAGCCACCUUACAAGUGUCUGCUGACCUCUUCAUGUACCGUUCUGGUGUGUACAGACACACAGGGGCGGAUCUCGUACAGAGCAAGUUGGCGGUCAGGAUAAUAGGAUGGGGAGAAGAUAUCGAUAACAAAGGACGUGUUCGAAAAUAUUGGAUAUGCUUGAACAGUUGGGGAACGAAAUGGGGUGAGGAGGGAGCCUUCCGAAUUGUAAGGGGAGAAAAUCACCUCGACAUUGAAGAAAACAUCUUGGGUGUUCAUGCAGAUAUGAAGCGUUCCCUAUCAACACAUCCUAGCGAGAGCAUACGUGACGAGGGUCUUAUUAACAUAUACAAUCAAAAACAAAUAGUAGUCAUCAAAAGACCACGACCCACAGCUCGGCCUUAGUAAAGGUGUCAAGGACACUCCCUCUCCCGGGGUCAUUUAAAAUUGAUAAAACUAUUAAGUCCGUCAAAAAGAUUUGUAUGGUGUUUGAAGAGCGUAAAGUCUGAUUUCGUGUCUCUACGUGUGUAAUUGUGCAUGUUGUAUUUCAAGCCUUGAUUUUUAUUAAGGUCGUCCUCUUUUUGCGGAAAAAUUGGGCCAAUAGGACAUUUAUAAUGAAGGACUUUAUAAUAGGAUGUAAUAAAUAGGGCAGUGGAGCAUUUUAAAUGCACUUUUUCGUUAAUAGGAGAAAAGAUGUUUAUAGGAGAAAAGAUGUACGUACAGUUGGAACUAUUUGUACUUGAACAGAGUAAUAACCUAGAAAUGAAAAGUGAAAAUUCAUCGUAGUUUAACAUUCAGUUUUUAAACUGUAUAAUUAAUUAAUAACACCUGUUCUGUGACUUUGAUCAUUGCUAUGCAUUUUAAUGAUGUCAAUGCGCAGUAGAUAAAAUUUUGAGCAUAUAUAAUGUAUUAAUGAAAUUAUUUU